AUGGUACUCGCUCUCUCCACGCUCAUGGCCGUGGUAACUGCCAACGAUAAGAUCUGCUAUGAAGGACCUCGUCAGGCUGCCGAAGUGUUCUGUAAAAUGUUUGGUGUCAAUGACCGUAAAUUGGAUUGUCUCUGCGAACCUUAUCAGUACUGCGCCGUUUCCGAGCAAAUGGAGUGCCGACCAGAAGUCCGCGAUGCUUGCACUGCUUUCUGUAUGCAAAACAGCUUGUUUUCCUUCCAAUGCGAAAACAACUCCCUUCAUGCAUGCCAAGAUCAAGCCAUGCUAACGGUAGAAAAUUAUAUUUUUGGUAUCCUAGUAUGA